AUGGCUGAAAAGUACGACUUGACACAGACCCUCCUGCCAUACCUCGACAGGCAUCUGGGUCUUCCUCUCCUUUCACAUCUUGCUGGAUCCGGCAUCUUUUCCGAGGCCGACAUCUCCAAGGCCCAAUAUGAGCUCGCAAAGAACACUUCCAUGGUUGACUAUGCACUUCAGCUUCACAAGCAGGCCUACCCCAACCAGCCUGCCCCUGCCGAGAUCGAGAAGCAGCGAGAGACCGCCAUUGCACUGAAUGACAAGCUCGGAUCCGAAGUUGACCAUGUCCUCAACGUCAUUCAGGACCCCAGUGUUGUCUCUGCUCUCAAGCAGGACAAGACACAGAACUUGCAAUGGCUCGAGGAGAAGUACAACCUCACCAGCGAGCAGAUCAACGCUCUUUACCGAUACGGAUACUUCCAGUUCAACUGCGGUAACUACGACGAUGCUUCCUCGUACCUCUACCACUUCCGCGUCCUCUCCACCGACUCUGCACUUACCAUGAGCUCUCAUUGGGGUAAGCUCGCCAGCGACAUUCUUACCGGAGAGUGGGAGCAGGCCCUCGAAGAGCUCAAGCUCUUACGAGAACAGAUUGACUCUUCAGCCGCUCACGCUACUGCAUCCUACGCCCAGCCUUCCACUUCCAACGACACCGCACAGGCUGAUGACUUGACCCAGGAGGGUCUCUUGAAGAAGCGUGCAUGGUUGCUCCACUGGGCUCUCUUCAUCUUCUUCAACCACCCCCAGGGCCGCGAGCAGUUGGUCGAGAUGUUUCUUUCCCCCGUCUACCUUAACACAAUUCAGACCACCUGUUGGUGGUUGCUCCGAUACGUUGUUGCUGCACUCCUCCUCUCGCGACGAACAACGCGCAUUUACAUGGUUCAGCAGCCUGCUCCCGCUAUCCUGAUGGCCUCUGCGUCCGGUGUCAACGUCAGCAAGCUCAGUCCACAAGCCGCUAUCAAGGACAUUGUCAACAUCAUCGACUCAGAGUCCUACCGUCUUGCCGGUACCGACCCUAUCGUCGACUUCCUCUCCAAGUUGUUUGUCGACUUUGACUUUGAGGCAGCACAGGAGCAGCUCACCCUCGCUGAGCAGGUCGCAUCCAAGGACUUCUUCCUUGCCGAGUUCAAGGACGAGUUGGUCGAGGCCUGCCGUGUUGCCAUCUCGGAAGCAUACUGCCGCAUUCACUCCAAGGUUGACAUCGCUGACCUUGUCAAGCGCCUCAACCUUUCCAAGGAGGAUGGCGAGAAGUGGAUCGUCAACUUGGUGCGCGACACCCGUGCCGAUGCCAAGAUCGACUUCAAGGAGGGCAUGGUCUUCAUGAACCCCACUCAUCCUCCUAUCUACCAGACCAUCAUCGAAAAGACUCGAGGCUUCACCUUCCGAACUUCCGCCAUGGGAACCGCUAUCGACCGAAAAGCACACCCACCUUCGCUCAACAACACACACAACCUCAACGGCAACGACAAGCGUGGCGGUGCCGGCGGCCGUGGUGGUCGAGGUGGCCAGCGCAACCAGGGCGGUCGUGGAGACCGAUCGCACCACAACAACAAGGACGAGUCCAAGCGCGAUGGUGAGGCGGCACCUCCUGCUGAGUCUCAAGCACCAGCGCAGGCCGUCGCUGCCAACUAA